AUGGUCCGCCUCAUCACCCACAACAUGCUCGCGUGUCACGUCAAGAACUGCACGAAAGACAACUUCCCCUUGGUCUUCUCCGAAGUCGAGCUAGUCAUUCGCGAGUCUGAAGCCAACUAUGACUUUCUCCGGCGCUUCAUGCCAAAGUUGGACUGGCCAGCUCUGGUAGAUACAGCCAGAUCACUCGGAGACGAGACAUUACCGGACGACCAGCCCGAAGAAUGGACAGACGAGCAGCUGCAGGCGCUGCAUCAUGUCUUGAUGGAGAUGCAUGUCGAGGAGGGGAAUAUGACAUGUAGGGGGUGUGGGCAUGUGUAUCCUAUAUCGAACGGGAUCCCAAAUAUGCUGCUGGCAGAGCACGAGGUCGGACGAUAG